AUGGGUGCCAAAAGGGAAGAGCGGGAUCCGUCUCAGGGAGAUGCUGCUGCAACUCAAAGUCCAUCCAGCAAACCAAGCCAGCCAUAUGGAAAUACAGUUUUAAAGAGUGGGCCACUUUUUAUAUCAUCCAAAGGAAUUGGGUGGACAUCAUGGAAAAAAAGAUGGUUUAUAUUGACACAUACUUCAUUGGUUUUCUUCAGAAGCGAUCCUAAUUCCGAUUCUCAGAAGGGGAAUGAAGUGAAUUUAACUCUAGGAGGUAUUGACCUCAACAAUACAGGCAGUGUGGUUGUCAAAGCUGAUAAAAAGCUUAUAACAGUCCAAUUUAAUGAUGGCCGUGACGGACGAACCUUCACACUCAAGGCUGAAACAAUGGAUGACUUGUAUGAGUGGAAAGCUGCACUUGAGAAUGCUUUGUCCCUAGCACCAAGUUCUACUAAUGCGACGGGACAAAAUGGCAUUUUCCAAGCGGAUGCAGGUGAUGGUUCCAAGGAACCAGUCAAUGAUAAACCGCCUGCAAGAUCUGCAGUCAUGGGCCUACCGAUUUUACUUGCCCUGGAAGAGGUUGAUGGAACUCCAACAUUUAUGGAGAAGGCACUUAGAUAUAUAGAAAAGUAUGGUGUCAAGGUAGAAGGGAUCUUACGACAAGCUGCUGAUGUAGAAGAUGUCGAGCUCCGAAUUCGGGAAUAUGAACAGGGAAAAACUGAUUUUAAUUCUGACGAGGAUGCACAUGUCAUUGCUGAUUGUGUGAAGUAUAUCAUCAGAGAGUUGUCAUCACCUCCGGUUCCUGCAUCAUGCUGCAAUGCACUACUAGAAGCAUGCCGAACUCAGCGUGGUUCUAGAGUUGAUGCUAUGCGGGCUGCAGUGUUGGACACAUUUCCUGAGCCGAACCGUCGAUUGUUACAGAGAAUUCUAAUGAUGAUGCAAACUGUGGUUUCUCACAAAAAGGAAAAUCUAAUGAGCACUUCAGCCGUGGCGGCAUGCAUGGCACCAUUACUUCUUCGCCCCCUUCUUUCUGGUGAUUGUGAGAUUGAAAACGAUUUUGAUGUGGGCAGUGACGGUUCAUUGCAAUUGCUACAAGCAGCUGCUGCAGCCAAUCAUGCUCAAACCAUUGUUAUAACAUUACUGGAAGAGUACGAUCAUAUAUUUGGGGAAGGUUCUGUUGCCUCUGAUUUAUACACUGAUACGGAUGAGAGUGCAACUGGAAGCGAGGAAGAAGACGACGACAAUGAUGAUGAUGACGACGACGACGAUGACGAGUCCAAUGAAGAAGAUGAAUCUUGUGAAGACGACGACGAUGCAACGGAAGGGUCUGAUGUAUCCAAUGAUGAUGAUGCAAGUGAAACAGGCACUGAAAGUGGUCAAUCUGUUACCAAUGAUCGGGAUGUCAAUAAGGAUUCCAGUUCUUCGAGCUCAAGUUCCGAGUCCUCUGAAUCUGGUGAUGAUGCAAAAGCCACCAAGAAGAUUUCAAGUUCAGUUAACAAUCCACCAUCUGAAAAUGAUGAUUCGAAAAGGAGUAAGGAUCGUCAUGAUCCAACCAAUUUGGAGGACAAGGCUCACCAAAAUCAAACCCCUGGCAACCAACAAUCAACAACUGUUGGGAGUGGACCUGGCCGGAGAGCUAGGCGUAAUGCUGUCUGGGGACGUACCGCUGCAAGGAAGAACCUUUCAAUGGAAACCAUGGAUAUUCCAAUUGAAGAAGAGAUUGAAAUCGAGACGCCCGAGGCUAAAAAAUCUAACUCACAAAACAGACACAAAGAAGAGAUUGAAGGUAAUGCCAAGCUCGAAGCCAGCAUGGAAAAACGAAACAAGACGCUGCAGGAUCGUUGUCUAUGUCUCGAGAAAGAUGUAGCAAGAUUAAAGGAAGAGUUGCAGAGGGAGAGAGAUAAGAGGACAGCUCUCCUAACGGGGCUUAACUCGUCUCGAGAACCUCCAGUUCUCCCUGAAAAGAUUGACGAAAAGACAAAGGCAGAUCUCAAGGACAUAGCUCAAGCAGAGGCAGACAUAACCAAUUUGAAAAAUAAGGUUGAAGAUCUGGAGAUGCAGCUUAAACAAAACCAACAAUUAGACCAUUCCGUACAUGACACCAAUGUACGAACGCGGCAGAGAAUGAUUCAAAGAAAUCCCAAACUUCACGGAUCAAAUCAAAUAGAUUAGAUAAUUCAUUCAAGUUGAAGUUGAUCGGGUUGGUUUAAGUCUUGGGUUAUCAUGUACGAAUUUCUGGUCAUCGGGUCAAGUAUAUGGAUCGACCAAAACAAAUUAGGCUUAGUUGAGCUUGGUAGUUGGGUCUAGGU